ACCGGAUGUUUCUAUGCCCGCCAAAAUACGAUGUUAGGAACUAAAUAAAAGAAAAGGAUUUAUAAGAAUAAACAUGAGUGUUAUACCCAUAUAUGAAUCCGAAGUUUGCUGUUUAUCAAGUAUAUUAGAUCUACAGCAGAAAUGCAUGAAUCAGAAAGUUGGUUUCUCAUCAGAGACCAACAAAUUUUUACUUUAUUUGACACUGAAAAAAGUUGGGCCGUCGGUGGCACAAAAAGUUGUAAGCAAAUUGGUGGAAAAGGGUGACAUCACAUGGGAAAAUGAUGAGGACUUUGAAGUGGAACAAAUAAUAGAUUAUGUAGAAGAGGAUGGCAUAGAAUUCUACUUGAUCAAGUGGAAAGGCUGGAGCCAUGCACAUGACAGCUGGGAACCAAAAGAUAAUCUUGACUGCCCAGAAUUAAUGGAAGAGUUUGAUGCCAAAAAUAAAAGGGGAGGUAAUUUUCUACGAGCCGGUUCUAAACGAAAAUAUGAUGAAAUAAAAGAUACAAAGGAAGAUAGGGAAAUGAAACGAACAAGAGUUGAUGAACUGUUUGUAAAGUUAGUUUCCUGCAAGGAGGUGUUGACUCCACUUCAGCUUAUUUCAUUGACAAGUCCAGAUAAGGGAAAAGCCAGAUCAUACAAAGGGCUUGUGUCAUGUGAAGGUCUCAAGGUGCCAAAAUUUAACAAUACGAGUAAGAACUUAUUAAAUCCAAGGACAAAGGCUUACAAACAGAAAAAAGUGCAAAUUCAGGAAGCUCUUAAGGAGUGGGAGAUCCAUUUGAAUUCUGUGAGUACAGAUCCUGCUCCUAUUAGCGUAGAGAAUGAUGUAGAUCUUGAAGGGCCGCCAGAGAAUUUUGAGUAUAUAAACGAUUAUAAAGCGGGGCCAGGUAUAGUGAUUCCAAACGAUCCAGUAAUUGGGUGCGAGUGUUCCGACUGUUUUAGUGAGAAGUCUCAGUGCUGUGCCGUUCAGUUUGGUGUCGAGUUUGCGUAUUUCAAGUGGAAACGUCUCCGGAUUCAUGCAGGUCGACCAAUUUACGAGUGUAACAAGAGAUGUGCAUGUGGUCCAGAUUGCUCUAACAGAGUGGUUCAACAUGGAAGAAAACAUAAAGUUUGUGUCUUUCGAACAAAAAACGGACGUGGCUGGGGAGUGAAGGCUAUGCAGAAAAUCAAAGCAGGAACAUUUGUUAUGGAAUAUGUUGGUGAGGUAAUUAGCAGUGAAGAAGCAGAGAUCCGUGGAAAGACAUAUGAUUCUGUUGGCCGAACUUAUCUGUUUGAUUUGGACUUCAAUGGAGAUGACUGCCCCUUCACAGUAGAUGCUGCAGUUUAUGGCAACGUCUCGCACUUCGUCAAUCACUCGUGUGAUCCAAACUUAGAGGUAUACAGUGUGUGGAUUAACACGUUAGACCCCAGACUGCCAAGAAUAGCCUUGUUCUCUAGACGGGACAUUGAGAAAGGGGAGGAACUCACAUUUGACUACAUGUCCAGUAAAGUACAUUCUCCAUUAGAAGAGAGUUUAGAAAGGGAGAACAUAGCGGUAGAUCUGACAGGGGACGAUUCUGAUGUUGCAGACGCACAAACAGAAAUCAAGGAUAUAGUUACUGAAAGAAGCAGUGAAAGUAAAGUAGAAGUAGAUGAGGCAGAAAACGAAGUAAUUGGACAAGAUAUACCGACUAAUAAAUUAUUAAAUGGCAACACGGUUAAUGGCAGUUCCGUUACGAAUGAAUCUCAACCGUCAGAAAAGGGCGACGCGAUGCCGGCUAAUCUAUCAAAAUCUAGUCCAAGAAAAUUGCCUAAACAGGAACCAGAUCCGUAUCAAAUGGUUUGCCAAUGUGGGGCAAAGAACUGUAGAAAAUUUGUAUUUUAAAUUGUUUUCCAACAACGACUUGAUUAAUGCAUUAAGGAAAUUAGUUACGGGACAUUUUUCAGUUAAGAGGAACUGAAAAUUUAAAGCUAAUGAAUUUGCUUGAAAUUGCCUCCUGCAGUUAGAAGGAAAGAAUUGUCGUUGUAAAUAAAGAUACUAGAAUAACAGGACAUAGUGUGGUCUUGUUUAAAUUUAUGCAUUGAUUAUAGACCGUU